AUUUGUGUACGGAGUGCGAUGCGCCGACUGGGUUGGUGAAUGCCGGUGGUUUGCAUAGUUCGUUUCCUUUGGUAGCCUAUUAACUGACGAACUGUCUGGUUGUUUAUUAUCAAGGAAGCCUAGUGCGCCAGCCGAUGUUUGAAAUUCCGGAUUAAACGAUACUGCAUCGCGAUGUCGUCUAGCUCGCGAAUGAAUGAAUUGCGGCGCGCAUUAAGCAGAGUGGCCGAUUUCACGGAGGCAAACAAGUCGUUCAUCAAUGCCCACAUGGUGGACUUCUACACAAAACAACACUGGGAGCGACUCGUGGACGCCGAUGUCGGCAGAGAUCUGCUCAGCUUGACUGAAGAAGAACUCUUGUACCUGGGAACUGAGCAGUUCAUGAACCUUGAAUGUGUGAGGGCCGGUCGUGUGCCAGCGCUACAGGCCUUGGCGCUCCAAUUGGAGCGUCACACUCUGUCCGCGCUCGGGGCUCUCAGCAGCGGAGACCGUCUCGCCCACCCGGCGGCCUAUGGCGAGAGCGGCAUAAACAGCUUCGCUGGGCGCGGCAUGAGCCCCAAGAAGGAGCACGAGGUGGACGCCAUGGCUGAGCUGGUGGCCUCGCUCGCACACCGCCUGGGAGUCCGCCAACUACUGGACCUAGGCAGCGGCAAGGGAUACCUGGCCGCGCGGAUGUGCGGGCCACCGCACGCGCUCAGAGUCCUCGCCGUGGACAGCUCGGAGGCGAGGAAACCGCAGCGCCCUCGAGCGAGCCGCCAAGAGCUGCAGGGCGAAGGUGUUGAACGUCUGCGGACGCUCACGGCCAGGGUGGACGACAGGUUCGACGUGGAAGCUGCCCUGGGCGGAAACGAGGAGGAGCAACUCCUGGUGUGCGGUCUCCACACGUGCGGCGAGCUGGGACCCAGCGCCCUGCGACUGGCCGUGCGCGGAGUACCCCGGGUGCGAGGGCUGUGCCUGGUUGGCUGCUGCUAUCACCUGCUGGAACGUGGCUUCCCGAUGUCCCGGGAGCUCGGGGCUCGAGGUUGUCAAGACCCCGGUCGUAAUGCGCGCAUGCUCGCUGCCCAGUGCGCCGACCGCCGCCAAGAGACUGGCAACACGCUCUUCUGGCGGGCACUGCUGCAGCUCAUGCUGACAGACGAGGAACGAGACUCCGGGAAGCGAGUGGGUCGCCUAGCAGUGACUGGAGUGUUUGCCGAUUACGCAAGAAAAGCUCUGCGGAAGCUUGGUCGGGAUGUCGUCGACGAGUUGGCACUUCGGGUGCAAGCGCAGCACCUGGAGCACGAAUACGGGGGUGAGCAGAGACGCCAGCUGUUGGCAUUCCACCGUCUGCGCAUUGCUUGGGCCGGCUGCAUCGAAGCACUUUUGCUUCUGGACAGACUAGUGUUUUUGCUCGAACAGUGGCCGACAGUGGCGGAGGCACACAUAGUUCGGCUGUUUGACCCGACUGUGUCGCCACGUUGCCAUGCUCUCGUGGCACUCAUGCAACAUGUUGGAGGAGAGUGAAGUGAAACAUAGUGGUUGUAGGAUGUCUGGCUGACCACAAUCGUUCAGAGUUCUAAAUAAGAAUGACGAUGUGGACGCGUCGGUUUAUAUGAUCUGUGCGAAACAAGUAUGGAAGUACCUAAAGGCGAGGACUGACUGAGGAACCAAAACCUCGUUUCCUUAUUCAGCAUUGAUAUUCUUCCCUCUUUUGCUUCCUCAGUCUUUCAGUGCCUGUAUUUAUGCACUUCUGUGCAUCGCACCGCUCAUCUUCACCGUAACCAGUGUUCUCUGUAACUGGAAAACAGCUUCGCCACACCAGCUAAGUGCCGACAUCAGUAGGAGGAAAUUUCUACUACAAAAAUAGUGUAGAACAAUGACAGGUUUUCUUUUAAAAAGCACAGAACCGGCAAGAGCCAAUGUGGGUUUUGUCACCAAGGCUCAUAAUUGAAACAUUCAUAGAGAACAAUAUCACUUCAUACAAGUAAAUUUGAUUGAAUGGAUGCUUGAGCUCAUUACUGAGAUGACAAAACCACAUGUUUCUCGCAGCUGUUUUUAACCAGAUUUUGUCUUUUACUGUUGAUCAGACCAUUACUAAAAAGUCACCUUUCACAGAUUUGGGUUAAGGUCAUCUGGCAACAGCAUGUUACAAAAUAGCGAGUCACGUGCUAUAAAUUUACGCUUAAAACAUUCGUUCCAGCUUUAACUAGGAUACAAAUAUUUGGCCUUGGGUUGCAAGUACGCUGGCAUCAGGCACAAGAACACAAUGCUUUGAACUGCAGGCCAGACAUUAACAUGUGCACUUUCCCGCUUUUACAGCCCGCUUUUUUGUAAGGAAAGGACAUCCCCAGGAACGAUAAAAGUGCUAGAGAUCCAUUGCCCCAACUGUAUGAACCCACAUCUAUGCAAUAUACUUAAGUUUAGGACUGUGAAAAUGUUAAUUUAAUACAGCAAACCUGAAAUCCUUGCAAAAAGCAAUGUGCAUGUGUACUAGAGGGGAGGGGACAUUGGUUUUUCUUAUUUUAACAAAAUGGCUAUAAAUAUGCUUGGUUUGGCGUCUGCACCAUGAUUAUAAGCAGAAUGCACAGCAAGGGUGAAGAAAAAGCAGUAGUGCAAGAAAGUAUAUGCAAAAAGAUUGCAGCUUUCUCGUGUCUACAAUCAAUGACAACCUUGUGCAUUCAUAAUGGACUAUUAUAGUAUUGUAAUAUAUUUCAAUUCUUUUCUUUGCCAAGUUUGAUUUCAGUUCUUACAUUCUGUAUACAUGCAUGUGUCUCUGAAUGGGUAAGUUCAAUGUCAUAGUGUUAUGUGCCUUGUUCAUCGAGAUGACCUACUAUACUUUCUGUGAAAUUGCCAAGAUGAACAGCCUAGUCAGGAGAGACCUCCAAUGCAAAAGCCCACAUGUAGCAGUGGAUUGAGGGUUUCACAUUAGAGAUUUUAUCCACUUCCACAAAUUUUACUUAGAGUAUUCAGUUGCAUCUUUGUAAAUAAACGGUGCAGCCCUUAGUGUCACAAUACUCAUAUUUCCUUACUCUUGUAUUGAAAUAAAUAUGAAUGUAGUGCCACAUU